AUGCCGGAGUUAUAUCAGGAAUCCACUAUACCCCGUCAUUUCCAGUUAUCUAAGAAAGCCCUUGCUGAUGGGCAAGCUCUGUGUUCUCGUGCGAAAGAGCUCUCCGGCUCGAAUGCGAACAUCUUAGUGGAUGCGCUUGGGGUUGAGGCCAAGAUCAAAUGGUUAAACCAGGGCGUCCUCGACCAAUUAUCGCUUGCUGCUAGUGUGGCUAAAAGUUUAGGCGCCCAGAGGACAAAAUUAUUGGAUGAAGCCAGACUUUGGGAUACGCAGAGGACCCAGCGAAACCAAGCCCUAGAUGCUGUCCUUGAGUCGCUUGGUACUCAGCUGGUUCCUCCGUCAUUACACCAAAUGUCGUCUGGUUCAUCUCUGUUCGGAAGUCAGCACUCGCUAUCGGAGCCAACCAUACUCAGAACUGAUCUCGCCCAGGACCCGUCCUCUCAAGAUCCAAAAUCCAAAUGGAAGAGUCUUCGAGACUUUGUCGACGAGAAGGGUAUUGAUCUCACACUUGACGGGAUUGAAGAGGAAAGAAGUAACCUAGAUGAUGUUCUGGGAUCAACUGCCGCCCAUGCCCCUACACUUAACAAGUAUAUUGCAGACAUCCGAAAUUUCCUUCCCUCGAUCUCUGCCCCCCAAUCGCUAUACCAGCUUCUCUCCGAGCAAGAGGAAACUGCUUCAGAAAUGGCCGCGCACUUGGAAAGCCUAGCUGCGCACUUUGAACAGAUGUCUCAGGCGCUUCAUGAUCACGAAUCGGGGAACCUUCUUUCACCAGGUGACAUUGAGGUGUUAGUGAAGGAUACGCAAGAGUUACCUUCCAUUAUCGAAGACCUUGAACGAUCCGUGCAAUCAAUUGAGUCCAUCAACAACCAUGUCAUCGCAUAUCGGGAUACUGCACUUGCAGGCAUAGAAAUUCAUCACGAUAUUCUCUCGCAGCUCGAAGGAUUAGAGUCUACCAUGGAUGAUAUGCUGGAAGAGCACUACAUUGUCGAGUCAAGAGUGUCUCAAAUUAGCAACUCCCUUCAAUCGCAUCACACGGCUCUCGCAGAACUUGAGGAAACCUAUCAUUCCUAUCAGCUCGCCUAUGACCAGUUGAUAGUGGAGAUGGACCGAAGAAAACGAUAUAGGGACGGUGUCCAUGCAAUGAUCGAGCGUUGGACCAUGGAGUUGGGUGCAUUACGAGAUGAAGAACUCUUGGCCCGUGAGCGAUUUAUAGCCGAUCACGGCGGUUUUCUUCCAGAUGAUCUUUGUCCUUAUGUGUCGGAUAUGCCCGUUCGGUGGACGAUCGAAGGAGACGGGCGUGAAAGCAACGCUGCCCUGAGUGAUAGUAUUGUACUGGAAGCGAAGAGGAACUUGGGCUUAUCCGAAGAGAAGAGAUAG